GGUCUCGUCGCCGCCCGUCCUCUGAGCCGCGAUGGUCAGCAGGUGGCUGCUGUCGGCGCUGGUGCUGGCCGCCGUUCUGGCCGGCCUGCACGGCGUGCCCUGCUCCAGGAGCUCCUCCGAGUCGGAGGAGGCCUCAGCAGAUGGGAGCGGGGUGCAGCCUGCGGAGGACGUCCCGGAGCAGCCUGCCGACCAAGCCUCGGGCGACGUGGAGCAGCUGACGUCCGGCGGCUCCGUCCAUUCUGGGGAUAACACGUGCACAACAUGCAGCGAACGCCUGCGUCACAGGACACUGAGUGGCAGUGGUAGUGAGGAGGUGGACAGCUCCGAGAUCACUGGUCAGCCGUGUACUGUGUGCGGGAAGAGCUCGUGCGGCGGUGCGGACGGCGGUAGCUGCACGCACCGGGCGCGCCUGCAGUCCGGCCGGCACCGGCAUCAGUCCGGCUAUCGCCGGCGACGGGAAAGCUCCGGCGGAAGAAGAGCGUCUGGUAAUCAGAUGGAGAUCAAGUUUGAUGAACAAACACUCCCAACCUUCUACAUCUCUUCUGCUCUCAAACCCAACAUGAUUUCCGUGCCAGCCGACACAUUGCAGAAGGCCAUUAUUUGGGUGCUUAGCCGAAGAAUAUACAAUGUCAUCGAGGCUGAAGGGAAAUACUUCUGCCUGAAAAGCCUGCCCAUCGAAGAGCUCAAAUCGACGGCAACGGAGGCUGGCGAUGGCGCAAUGAAACUGUUCAAAUUUGAUAAAUCGAAGGUGAUCAAAAGUUCCAGGCGACGAAGAGGAAAGUGUGGUGGAAGACGGACCUCUGGUGAUAAGCUUGACAUCAGCGUUAAUAAAAAAAUGCUGAAAAUCUCCUAUCUGCCAUCUUCCUUGAAACUGAACAUGAAUUCGGUACCCAAAGGCAGCUUGAGGAAAGCUCUCAGAUGGGUACUACGCAGAGGAAAAUACAUCGUCAUCGAGAAGAAUGGCCAAUAUUAUUUCCUCGAAGACGACAGCGUGCCGGAUGAUCAGUUAAAAUCAUCUCCAACGGAAGCUGGGGACAAUCCGCUGAAGGUCAUCACGAUCAACAAGUCGAUGGUGUUCAUACGUACGAGGCGUUCCAGGCGACGAAGAGGAAAGUGUGGUGGAAGACGGACCUCUGGUGAUGAGCUUGACAACAGCGUUAAUAAAAAUAUGCUGAAAAUCUCCUAUCUGCCAUCUUCCUUGAAACUGAACAUGAAUUCGGUACCCAAAGGCAACUUGAGGAAAGCUCUCAGAUGGGUACUACGCAGAGGAAAAUAUAUCGUCAUCGAGAAGAAUGGCCAAUAUUAUUUCCUCGAAGACGACAGCGUGCCGGAUGAUCAGUUAAAAUCAUCUCCAGCGGAAGCUGGAGACAAUCCGCUGAAGGUCAUCACGAUCAACAAGUCGAUGGUGUUCAUACGUACGAGGCGUUCCAGGCGACGAAGAGGACCGUCUGGUGAUGAGGUUGACAGCGUUGAUAAAAAUAUGCUGAAAAUCUCCUAUCUGCCAUCUUCCUUGAAACUGAACAUGAAUUCGGUACCCAAAGGCAACUUGAGGAAAGCUCUCAGAUGGGUACUACGCAGAGGAAAAUACAUCGUCAUCGAGAAGAAUGGCCAAUAUUAUUUCCUCGAAGACGACAGCGUGCCGGAUGAUCAGUUAAAAUCAUCUCCAGCGGAAGCUGGAGACAAUCCGCUGAAGGUCAUCACGAUCAACAAGUCGAUCGUGUCCAAACGUACAAAGCGUUCCAGGCGACGAAGAGGACCGUCUGGUGAUGAGGUUGACAGCGUUGAUAAAAAUAUGCUGAAAAUCUCCUAUCUACCAUCUUCCUUGAAACUGAACAUGAAUUCGGUACCCAAAGGCAGCUUGAGGAAAGCUCUCAUAUGGGUACUACGCAGAGGAAAAUACAUCGUCAUCGAGAAGAAUGGCCAAUAUUAUUUCCUCGAAGACGACAGCGUGCCGGAUGAUCAGUUAAAAUCAUCUCCAACUGAAGCUGGAGACAAUCCGCUGAAGGUCAUCACGAUCAACAAAUCGAUGGUGUUCAAACGUACAAAGCGUUCAAGGCGACGAAGAGAACCUUUUAGUGGAAGAAGAGCCUCUGGUGAUAAGCUUGACUUUAGCUUUGAUGAAGAAAUGCUGAAAAUUUCGUAUCUGCCAUCUUCAUUGCAACUGAACAUGAAUUCGGUGCCCAGGAGCAAUUUGAGGAAAGCUCUUUUAUGGGUACUACGCAGAGGAAAAUACAGCGUCAUCGAGAAGGAUGGCCAAUAUUAUUUCCUCGAAGACGACAGCGUGCCGGAUGAUCAGUUAAAAUCAUCUCCAACGGAAGCUGGAGACAAUCCGCUGAAGGUCAUCACGAUCAACAAGUCGAUGGUGUUCAUACGUACGAGGCGUUCCAGGCGACGAAGAGGAAAGUGUGGUGAAAGACGGACCUCUGGUGAUGAGCUUGACAACAGCGUUAAUAAAAAUAUGCUGAAAAUCUCCUAUCUGCCAUCUUCCUUGAAACUGAACAUGAAUUCGGUACCCAAAGGCAACUUGAGGAAAGCUCUCACAUGGGUACUACGCAGAGGAAAAUAUAUCGUCAUCGAGAAGAAUGGCCAAUAUUAUUUCCUCGAAGACGACAGCGUGCCGGAUGAUCAGUUAAAAUCAUCUCCAACGGAAGCUGGAGACAAUCCGCUGAAGGUCAUCACGAUCAACAAGUCGAUGGUGUUCAAACGUUCCAGGCGACGAAGAGGACCGUCUGGUGAUGAGGUUGACAGCGUUGAUAAAAAUAUGCUGAAAAUCUCCUAUCUGCCAUCUUCCUUGAAACUGAACAUGAAUUCGGUACCCAAAGGCAACUUGAGGAAAGCUCUCAGAUGGGUACUACGCAGAGGAAAAUACAUCGUCAUCGAGAAGAAUGGCCAAUAUUAUUUCCUCGAAGACGACAGCGUGCCGGAUGAUCAGUUAAAAUCAUCUCCAGCGGAAGCUGGAGACAAUCCGCUGAAGGUCAUCACGAUCAACAAGUCGAUGGUGUUCAUACGUACGAGGCGUUCCAGGCGACGAAGAGGACCGUCUGGUGAUGAGGUUGACAGCGUUGAUAAAAAUAUGCUGAAAAUCUCCUAUCUGCCAUCUUCCUUGAAACUGAACAUGAAUUCGGUACCCAAAGGCAACUUGAGGAAAGCUCUCAGAUGGGUACUACGCAGAGGAAAAUACAUCGUCAUCGAGAAGAAUGGCCAAUAUUAUUUCCUCGAAGACGACAGCGUGCCGGAUGAUCAGUUAAAAUCAUCUCCAGCGGAAGCUGGAGACAAUCCGCUGAAGGUCAUCACGAUCAACAAGUCGAUCGUGUCCAAACGUACAAAGCGUUCCAGGCGACGAAGAGGACCGUCUGGUGAUGAGGUUGACAGCGUUGAUAAAAAUAUGCUGAAAAUCUCCUAUCUGCCAUCUUCCUUGAAACUGAACAUGAAUUCGGUACCCAAAGGCAACUUGAGGAAAGCUCUCAGAUGGGUACUACGCAGAGGAAAAUACAUCGUCAUCGAGAAGAAUGGCCAAUAUUAUUUCCUCGAAGACGACAGCGUGCCGGAUGAUCAGUUAAAAUCAUCUCCAACCGAAGCUGGAGACAAUCCGCUGAAGGUCAUCACUAUCAACAAGUCGAUGGUGUUCAUACGUACGAGGCGUUCCAGGCGACGAAGAGGACCGUCUGGUGAUGAGGUUGACAUCAGCGUUGAUGAAAAGACGCUCCCAAUCUCCUACUUGCCGUCUUCGUUAACGCUGAACACAGUGUUGCUGCCUUAUAAUAAUUUGAGAACAGUUAUCAGAUGGGCACUGCAUCACAGAAUAUAUAACAUCAUCGAAAAAGAUGGCAAAUACUUCUAUUUGGAAGACGGUGAUAUACCUGAAGAACAAGAGAAGUUAUCAGCAACGGAAGCUGGAGAUAAUCCGUUGAAGGUCAUCACGUUGAGCAAAUCAAUGGUUAUUAACAGCAUUUCUGAUGAUAAAAAGCGACCGGAACUUCAACCAGCAAGUGAGACAGAUCAGCCCGAAGACAAUCAGGCGGGAAGUGAAGACCAGCCCGAGGAUCCGGGAAAGUCCCUAUCAAAGAGCCUUCUGGAACCAGAACCUCAGCCUGAACAACAGCUGGAUACUCCGCAAGAGGAAGAGUCACAGUCAGACACUCAGCCAGAGGCACAGCCGGAGGCUCAGCCAGAGACUCAACCAGAUGCUCAGUCAGAGGUGCAGCCUGAGGAACAACCGGAGGCUCAGCCAGAGCAGCCGGAGGCGCAGCCAGAGGCUCAGCAGGAGACCGAGCCAGAGACUCAGCCAGAGGCUCAGCCAGAUGUUCAGCCUGAGGAACAGGCUAAACCUGAGGAGCAGCCAGAGGCCCAACCGGAAGAUUUGCUAGAGGCCCAGCCGGACGCUCAGCCACAGACCGAGCCUGAGAUUCAGUCGGAGGUACAGCCAGAGACUCAGCCAGAUUCUCAGCCAGAGGCGCAGCCUGAGGAACAGCCAGACACCCAACCGGAGGAUCUGCCGGAGGAACGGCCAGAGGUCCAACCGCAGGCUCAGUCAGAGAUCCAACCAGAGGCUAAGUCAGAGACCCAGCAAGAAGCCCAGCCAGAGAUCCGGCCGGAAGUGGCGUCUGAGGAACAGCCGGAUGCUCAGCCAGAAGCUCAACCAGAUACCAAGGUGGAGACUCAACCAGAAUCUCAGCCAGAGCAACAGCCAGAGGCGAGGCCUGAAGAACAGCCAGAUUCACGACCGGAGUCGCAGUCAGAAACUCAGCCAGGGGAACAGCCAGAGGCUCAACCAGAUGCCGAGCCGAAGGUGGAGCCAGAGACGGAAUUAGAGGCGCAGCCAGAGGCCCAGCCUCAGCAACAGCCGGAGGCACAGCCAGGGGCCCAGCCAGAUGCCGAGCCCGAGACUCAACCAGAAUCUCAGCAAGAGGAGCAGCCAGAUGCCCAACCGGAGGCGCAGCCAGAGGCUCAGCCAGAUGCCGAGCCCGAGACUCAACCAGAAUCUCAGCAAGAGGAGCAGUCAGAUUCCCAACCGGAGGCGCAGCCAGAGGCUCAGCCAGAUGCCGAGCCCGAGACUCAACCAGAAUCUCAGCAAGAGGAGCAGCCAGAUUCCCAACCGGAGGCGCAGCCAGAGGCUGAGCCAGAUGCCGAGCCCGAGACUCAACCAGAAUCUCAGCAAGAGGAGCAGCCAGAGACCCAACCGGAGACGCAGCCAGAGGCUCAGCUAGAGGAGCAGCCAGAGGCUCAGACCGAGGAGCAGCCGGAACCCCAACCGGAGGCACAGCCAGAUACUCAGCCAGAGACCCAGCCGGAGGAACAGCCAGAGGCACAACCUGAGGAACAGCCGGAAGCCCAACCAGAUGCCCAGCCAGAGGCUCAGCCAGAGGCUCAUCCAGAUGCCGAGCCAAAGCCUCUACCAGAAUCUCCGCAAGAGGAGAAGCCAGAAACGGAGCCUGAGGAAAAGACGGAGGCCCAACCGGAGACGCAGCCAGAGGCUCAGCCCGAGGAACAGCCGAAUGCCCAACCGGAGGCACAACCAGAGGCACAGCCAGAGGCUCAGCCAGAGGCCCAGCCAGAUGCCCAGUCAGCGGCCCAGCCAGAUGCCAAGCCAGAGACUCUACCAGAAUCUCAGCAAGAGGAGCAGCCAGAAGCGGAGCCUGAGGAACAGCCAGAGGCCCAGCCGGAGACGCAACCGGAAGUCCAACCGGAAGCGGAGCCAGAGGCUGAGCCAAAGGUUCAAUCAGAAUCUCAACCAGAGGAGCAACCAGAGGCACAACCUGAGGAACAGCCAGAUGAUCAAACAGAGGCCCAGCCGGAGACUCAGCCAGAAUCUCGGCCAGAGGAUCAGACAGAGAAGCAGCCUGAGGCUCAGCCAGAGGAACAGCCAGAACCCCAACCGGAGGCACAACCAGAGCCUCAGCCAGAGGCCCAACCAAAUGCCGUGUCAGAGACGCAAGAAUCUCAGAAAGAGGAGCAGCCAGAAGUGGAGCCUGAGGAGCAGCCAGAGGCGCAGCCUGAGGAACAGACAGAGGAUCAACCAGAGGCACAGCCGGAUAAUCAGCCAGAAUCUCGGCCAGAGGAGCAGACAGAGGAGCAGCCAACUGAACAGCCGGAAACCAAGCCAGAUGCCCAGCCAGAGGCUCAGCCAGAGGCCCAGCCAGAUGCCGAGCCAAAGACCCAGCCAGAAUCUCAGCAAGAAGAGCAGCCAGAGGCGCAACCUGAGGAACAGCCACAGGCCCAGCCGGAGACGCAGCCAGAGGCUCAGCUAGAGAAGCAGCCAGAGGAGCAGUCAGAGGCUCAAUCAGAGGAACAGCCGGAAGCCCAACCAGAUGUCGCGCCAGAGGCUCAGCCAGAGGCCCAGCCAGAUGCCGAGCCAGAGACUCUACCAGAAUCUCAGCAAGAGGAGCAGCCAGAAGCUGAGCCUGAGAAACAGCCAGAGACCCAACCGGAGACACGGCCGGAGGCUCAGCUAGAGAAGCAGCCAGAGGCUCAGCCCGAGGAACAGCCGGAAGCCCAACCGCAGGCACAGCCAGAGGCUCAGCCAGAGGCUCAGCCAGAGGCUCAGCCAGAGGCCCAGCCAGAUGCCGAGCCAGAGACUCUACCAGAAUCUCAGCAAAAGGAGCAGCCAGAAGCGGAGCCUGAGGAACAGCCAGAGGCUCAACCGGAAGCGCAGCCAAAGGCUGAGCCUGAAGUUCAGCCAGAAUCUCAACCAGAGGAACAACCAGAGGCACAGCCUGAGGAACAGCCAGAGGUUCAACAAGAGGCACAGCCGGAGACUCAACUAGAAUCCCAGUCAGAUGAGCAGACAGAGAAGCAGCCAGAGGCUCAGCCAGAGGAACAGCCGGAAGCCCAACCAGAUGCCCAGCCAGAGGCCCAGCCAGAUGCCGAGCCAGAGACUCUACCAGAAUCUCAGCAAGAGGAGCAGCCAGAAACGGAGCCUGAGGAACAGCCAGAGGUCCAACCGGAGACGCAGCCGGAAGCCCAACCGGAAGCGCAGCCAGAGGCUGAGCCUGAGGUUCAGCCAGAAUCUCAACCAGAAGAACAACCAGAGGCACAGCCUGAGGAACAGACAGAGGUUCAACAAGAGGCACAGCCGGAAACUCAGCCAGAAUCUCAUCUUGAGGAGCAGACAGAGAAGCAGCCAGAGGCUCAGCCCGAGGAACAGCCGGAACCCCAACCAGAGGCACAGCCAGAGGCUCAGCCAGAGGCCCAGCCGGAGGAACAGCCAGAGGUUCAACCAGAGGCCCAGCCGGAAACUCAGCCAGAAUCUCAGCCAGAGAAGCUGACAGAGAAGCAGCCUGAGGCUCAGCCAGAGGGUCAACUGGAUACAGAGCCAGAGACUCAACCAGAAUCCCAGUCAGAAGAACAGCCAGAGGCUCAAUUACAGGCACAGCCGAAGGCUCAACCAGAAUCUCAGCCAGAGGAGCAGUCAGAGGAGCAGCCUGCGGUUCAGUCAGAGGAACAGCCAGAGGCGCAGCCGGGAAGUCAGCCGGAGGUUUCGUCAAACCCAGUGGAAGUCACAUAUGCCAAGAGUGUACUGGAGCCUGCUUCAAGCUCAUCAGAGAGGCUACAAAUUUUCUUCCUACCGUCUUCGUCUAAGCUCAAGAUGGUCUCGGUGCCUAGGAAGACUUUGGGAAAGGCUAUAAAAUGGGUUCUUCAAAAAGGAAAAUACAAUAUCAUCGAAAAGAACGGGCAAUACUUUUAUUUGGAAGACGAUACCGUGCCGGAAGGUCAAGAGGAGUCAUCGCCAACGGAAGCCGGAGACAAUCCGUUGAAGGUCAUCAAGUUAAACAAAUCGAUGUUGACAAGACGCGCCGUUAAGAUUGUAGUGCCAUUGGGAUCUGGUGAUGCUGCAUAUCCCGAUUCCGGCAUUCAUCCUAUCCGGCCCGCCGAGAAUGAGCAGGUCGAUAAGCAGAGCCCAGAACAGAACAAAGUGCGGAGACGUUCGUCCACUGGGCGGUCAGGUGCUCCCCGUAAGCAGACCUGUGACCGAAGCAAGUCAGGAGGAACCAUAGACGAGAAAGCACGAAGCCCUUCCACCUCGGGGAAAACAUGCAACCGAAACAAGUCUGAACGCGUUAGGAAAGUCUCACGGAAUGGUGCCAAGCCGCAAGGAGGCCGGAACAGGCGGCAGCCUGGCAAGCGAUUCCGUGCCGUCCCGAAGCGGAACAUGCAAUUACCACGCCAAGGAUGGCUAGAAAGAAGGCGAAAGUGGAAAGCCAAGAUGAAAAAGCUGCAAGCAGAGAGGAAAAGGCUAAUGGAAGAGAGACGAAAACAAUGGGAACUUAGAAAGCGCAACAAGCCUGCCAGUAGACGUUGGAGGCGACAGGGAAAAACAAGAUCUGGAAAGGGAGCAAAGAUGGGAGGAAAACCUAGAAAAGGCUGUGGAAGAAAAGCCAGGUCUAGACGUGGGAAGAGCUGUGGAAGAACGAGAGGACAACCUCGCGGAUGGCGUAGAGCACGUAGAUGGGGAUGGCGACGGGGAUGGAAAUGGAACGGAAGACCCAAGGCCCUGUAUACCGGAAGACGGAGAGCAGUGGGAAGGAGGAGAGGAGCGAUCCGUAAAGAAGAUUACCGCGUAUCGUUCACCGACAAUGGAAUGAUCUCCUUUACCGUGUACAAUAGGAAGCUGCCAAAGUUCUUCAUGGCGUCCGAGGUUCCGGGCGUCGACCUGGUGCCGGUGCCGGCCGAGACUCCAGAGGCCGCCGCGUUCUGGGUUCGACGUCACCGAAUGCGCUUCCUCAUCAUCUCUAACAAGCAAUACUUCUACCCGUCCACGGGCAAGCUUCCCGUGGAGAAGCUGAAGGCGUCUCCCUCUGACGUCACUGGUGACAGUGUUGAGGUCGUCAUCGUCCAGGCUCCGCGCAAGAAACGGCCGUCAAAGUCUGAAGCCCCGGAGAAACCAGCGCGAGGUUACGAGAUAAAGAAAACUCCAAAGGGACUGUUGCAGGUCACAGUUGAAGGAAGUAA